AUAUUCCGUUAUUUGUUGCCCUAGACACGUGUACUUCACACGCACCGGCGACCCGAUUUUUUCCAUUUUUUCAUUAUUUUUUUAUCAUUAGUAUUAUCAUCUGCCCCGGGACAUAUUUCCGGUUUAUUAUUCUAAAUCAGAGAGAAAAAAAAACUAUCUAUCUAUAACUAAACAAUUAGCUAGGGUUUGGUUAUGGAUGAAGAAGCUAAUAAUAGGCGUCCGCCUGAAAAUAUCAGGCUUAUCGAUCAGAUCAUGUUGAGAUUCCGUCCGAUCGUUCCGAGACCGGUGACUGCCGAAAGUUCCGGCGGCGUGUCUCCGACGAUGGACGGGAUGCUUAAGAGAAAGCGAGUGAAGAGAAAGUACGUAAGAGUUAAGAAGAAGGAAAGUAAUAAUAAUAAUAACACGCAUAUUAUUAUAAAUGAAAAAAGUAGUAACUAUUUGGAUAGAAUUAACGGAGGAGGAGAAGUAACAGAUCCGUUAGAGAAAGUGUCUAAAUGGAUCAGUUUUGGUGAAAUUAAUAGUAACGAUAGUUAUAUGAUAUUUGAUGAUGAGGUCGAAAGUUAUCGUCAUCAGAAGCAAGAGAUGAUGCAUGGAGUAGAUCUGAGUAUGGCGAUGGAGAUUCGACAACGGAGAGUUGUCGAAUCAUGGAUUACUAUGGAAGAUGUGACAGGUACAUGUGAAGAUCAGAGGCUAUUAGGAUAUACAGAUGAUGAAAUUUGGAAGAAUCUAGAAACUGAUAGUUGUCCUGGUUUUGUAUCUAACGGUUAUCAAGAGGUUGUGUGGGUUAAUCAAGCAUACCGGAGGAUGCUAGAUCUGAAUCCUGAUAAUGAUCAUGAUUAUGAGGUGGCUGUUUAUCUGUUGAUAAAAGUUGAAAAAUCUAUUGUGGCGAAAUAUUUUCCAGCUUUAUCAUGCAGGGUGAGAAUUGAGUACAGGACGACGUCAUCGACGUCGGAAAAUAGCAAGAUGCAGAUGAUGGUGGUGCCUUGUGAUGUUUGUAAGAUGGAUUCCGGUGACUUUGCAUGGCGGCUUGAUGUUAAAGCUGCUUUGAGCUUGGGAUUACCCUUGAUUAAUUAAAAAGUAACUCCAUCCAUCCAUUGAAAUUGCAGUAUCAAAUUUCCGAAGGCCGGCCAGGUAAUUAAUUGGUUAAUCCAGUUAAAAGAAAUGGUGGGUGCAUAUAUAUAUAACAUUGUGAAAAUAUUGAACACAUCCAACUUGAUGUGUUCGAUAUUUCUUUCAAUAUAUAUAUCUACAUAUAUAUAUGAUAAUAAUCUGAAACUUUGAUUAUUGUCAGCUAAGUAUAGUACUAUAAAAUCUGGAAAGGAAAAUUUCAUAUAUAUCCCAUUUUAAAGACAUAAUUACAUAUAUGUCUUAGGUGCAAGUUUUUAAUGCAUAAUUACAAUGCUUUUAAAGCAUGCUUUGGACAUAUAUGUAAUUAUGUCUUUAAAAUGGGAUAUAUAUGGAAUUCUCCCAAUCUGUAACAAUGUUAAACAUCAACAAAAUGGUUGUAUAGUUGUUUGGAUUGGAUCAAGCGACAACUGAGUAUAAUAUUUGUGAUCUUAAAACUCGAGAGUUCAUGUGUAUCUUAAAGAUCAAGAUGCAUUUCUUAUGCUUAUCUUGCUAAUGUAAUAUAUGGUUUUUGUAACA